AUGAUGGACGAUGAUGCGGCAUCUUGGAUUUUAAGAUGGCGCUCAUCUACUCCUGAAUACCUUAAUAUCAGCACAGAGAAAUUCAACAACCGCAACCACAACAAUCCCCCGGCAGCGAAGCGGGCGCGCCUCGACAGGGAGCUCAACACAACCGACACGAAACAAUUUGAUCAAGGGUUCCGAGACUAUUUGCCCACUCCUUCCGUCUCUACAUCGGCUUCCAAAUCUGCGCCCAUGGCUAGUUCACCAGUUAAACGCCUACGGGACGAGAGCCUCGACGAACAGCUAUCUUCCGACUUGACGCCACGACCAAAUCGGACUAUCUCUACGGACGACCAAGACAGCUUCAGCACUACAUCCGCAUCCUCUUCGAGAGUAUCCAAAAUAUCCAAAUAUUCACGUAAUUCAUCCCCGACGAAGCAGAUUCUCCAUGCCGAGUUACAGCCCACAGGCUUUGGCCAAUCCAGUUUUGCGUUCGAUCCUCAGCCUCCAUCACUUCAGUUGCUUUCCCGCAAAUUGAGAAAGACCUAUCUUGGAGAUGGUAUUUUGCCAUUAGGUCUAGUGGAUGAGUUCGCGGCUUUCGAUCUCCCGCCUUUCUUCUUUAGUGACGAUCUGAGUGCUUGUCAGCGGUGGCCCAAAGCUGAUUUUAUCGACGACAUUAUGAAGAGCGCCAGUGAAUGUGAACUCGAAGGAAAAGGAGAGUCAUCCUGGAAUAUGGUCCACGGGCGAAUAUUUCAAUGGCUAUCGGAGAGUAAUGACAACGAAAAGGGCUCCCUUUCGUCCGAAUAUUGCACCAAUGCUGCUUUGCUUCCGGAGUAUAAACCGAAAGACGUACCUAGCAAGAUGGUCGAUUGGUGCCUAACCAUUCGCCCAAACCGAUCCGACCAAAGAAUUAUUGACGAAAUUCGGAGAAUACGCCCGGGCGACUCGAUCAAUCAGACAGAUUGCGGAUUAUUGCGAAAGCACCCAAUAGCAGGAUCGAUCGAAGUGAAGCGUCAAGGCGAACAAUAUGAUGCCGCUGUGCUCCAAAUCGGCACUUGGCAUUCGGCUCAGUGGAGGAGCUUGCGCUGGGGAAGAAAUGCGGAUGAUGAAUCUCUGCCCAGUAUCAAGUUUCUUUCUGGCUACAUCAUCUAUGGGCACGACUGGCAGUUCAUACCGUCUGUCCUUGAUGAGGAGGGUGUUUCCAGGCUCGUACGACCUGCAUUACAAAUUGGAGAUACGCGUACCGUGCCCGGAAUUUUGAAGCUUUUUGCCUCCCUUCAGGUACUAAAGGAGGAUGCAGAAGAAACUUUCUGGCCAGCCUUCAGGGCUGAUGUCCUGGGAAUAUCUGCUUAG